AUGCCGUUACGUCUGGACAUUAAGAGAAAGCUGACUGCGAGGAGUGAUCGAGUGAAAUGCGUUGAUCAGCAUCCUACGGAACCAUGGCUUCUCUGUUCUUUGUACAGUGGUGAUGUCAACAUAUGGAACUACGAGACGCACACGCAAAUCAAAAGAUUCGAGGUGUGUGAUUUACCAGUGAGAGCAGCUAAAUUUGUUCCGAGGAAGAACUGGGUCAUUACAGGCUCAGAUGAUAUGCAAAUAAGAGUAUUCAAUUACAACACAUUAGAAAGGGUACAUGCAUUUGAAGCACAUUCUGAUUAUGUAAGGUGUAUUGCGAUCCACCCUACGCAGCCUUACAUUUUGACAAGCAGUGAUGACUUGCUCAUUAAACUAUGGAACUGGGACCGAAGUUGGACAUGCCAGCAAGUUUUCGAGGGCCACACCCAUUAUGUCAUGCAGAUCGUCAUCAACCCAAAGGAUAACAACACAUUUGCUAGUGCCAGUCUUGACACGACUGUUAAGGUUUGGCAAUUGGGCUCUUCUAUAUCCAACUUUACUUUAGAGGGCCAUGACAAAGGUGUUAACUGUGUAGAUUACUAUCAUGGUGGAGACAAACCUUACUUAAUAAGUGGUGCUGAUGAUCGUCUUGUAAAAAUAUGGGAUUACCAAAACAAAACUUGUGUGCAAACUUUGGAAGGCCAUGCUCAGAAUGUGACAGCCGUUUCAUUCCACCCUGAGUUGCCAAUCUUGCUAACCGGCUCAGAAGAUGGCACAGUGAGAAUUUGGCAUGCUGGCACCUACAGGCUUGAGUCUUCAUUGAACUAUGGUUUUGAAAGAGUCUGGACAAUUUCAUCAAUGCAUAAUUCCAAUAAUGUUGCUCUUGGAUAUGAUGAAGGCACAAUAAUGAUUAAGGUUGGCAGAGAAGAGCCAGCAAUAUCUAUGGAUGUGAUUGGGGGCAAGAUAAUAUGGGCCAAACAUUCAGAGAUGCAGCAAGUGAAUCUAAAAGCUCUACCUGAAGGCACUGAGAUAAAAGAUGGUGAGAGGGUUCCUGUAGUGGCAAAAGACAUGGGCUCCUGUGAAAUUUAUCCUCAAACAAUUCAGCAUAAUCCUAACGGUCGUUUUGUGGUCGUGUGCGGUGACGGCGAAUACAUCAUUUACACUGCCAUGGCGCUAAGGAAUAAGGCUUUUGGUGCUGCUCAAGAAUUUGUAUGGGCAUUUGAUAGCUCGGAGUAUGCCACCCUGGAGAAUUCCAGUACUGUGAAAGUCUUCAAGAAUUUCAAAGAGAGGAAGAGUUUUAAGCCGGAGUAUGGUGCUGAAGGUAUAUUUGGUGGUUUCAUGCUUGGUGUGAAAUCUAUAAGCGGCGUUGCAUUCUCCUUCUACGAUUGGGAGCAAUUGGAGCUGGUCCGAAGGAUCGAGAUCCAGCCGAGGCACGUGUUCUGGUCGGAGAGCGGCGGGCUGGUGUGCGUGGCGGCGGACGAGUGUUACUACGUGCUGCGCUACAAGGCGGCGGUGGUGACGCGGGCGCGCGAGACCAACACCGGCAUCACGGAGGACGGCAUCGAGGACGCCUUCGAGGUCGUCGGCGAGGUGAACGAGACCGUGAAGACCGGGAUAUGGAUAGGCGACUGUUUCAUCUACACGAAUUCCGUGAACCGCAUCAACUACUACGUGGGCGGCGAGAUUGUCACCAUUUCCCACCUGGACCACACCAUGUACAUCCUCGGAUACAUCGCCAAGGAGAACAGAUUGUAUUUGAACGACAAGGAGCUGAAUGUGGUUUCGUUCUCUCUCCUUCUGCCCGUACUCGAAUACCAAACGGCCGUGAUGCGCGGUGACUUUGAGACGGCCGACAAAGUUUUGCCGACCAUCCCCUACGACCACCGCACCAGAGUGGCGCAUUUCCUCGAGAAGCAGGGCUUCAAGCAGCAGGCGCUCGCCGUGUCCACGGAGCCGGAGCACCAGUUCGAGCUGGCGCUGUCGCUGGGCGAGCUGCGGCGCGCGCAGCAGCUGGCCGAGGAGGCGACCGCCGCCGAGGGCGAGCCGUCGCGCACCUCCGCCGCGCGCUGGUCCCGCCUCGGCGCCGCCGCCGUCAGCGCGGCCGACCCGGAGCUCACCAAGAUAUGCUACGAGCGCGCGCGCGACUACAGCUCGCUGCUGCUGUUCGCCGUCAGCACCGGUGACAAAAAGCUGUUGGAGCACGUGGCACGGGUGACCUUGGAGGAGGGCGAUGACAACAUCGCUUUCGUGGCCUACUUCACACUCAACGAGCUGGACGCUUGCCUCGAUCUGCUCAUAAAGCGCCAGAAACUCUCCGAAGCCGCGUUCUUUGCCAGGUCAUACAUUCCGUCGAAGGUGUGCGAAGUGGUGAAGCUAUGGCGGGAGGCGGUCGGCGCCACCAACAAGAAGUCGGGCCAGUCGCUCGCCGAUCCGCGCAAAUACGAGAAUUUGUUCCCGGAGUUUGCGGAGUCCUUGCAACUAGAGACAUUCCAGCGGCAGUUUGGGUACGAACACAGCGUUCAGCUUGAGAACCUGACUCUCGACUACUCGCAUUCGAACCUGGAACGCAAUCUGGCGACGGAGAAGACCUCGGCGGUGGACGCAGGCGAAUGGAAACCACCAUUAAAAACGGAAAGCCCGGAAACGUCGAACGCGGCCCCGGAGGAGCCGGAGCCGGUGGCCGAGACCUCCGCGGACGCGAAACACAAGCGCAAAGACUCCCUGGACAUUAUGGAGGAGAUAGAGAGGGAGAUAGACGAUAUGGCGCUAGAGGAGGACACCGCAGAGGGCCUGGACCUCUCCGACCUAAUUGAU